AGCCUUGGAACAGACAAGGUCAUGCAUUUCCCCCAACGAUGAUUGUACGUACUAUGGAUGAUUGCACCUGGUAUGGCUAACUUAAACGCCAACAUAUACUCGGCAAUAUUUGUCAUUUAUGAAAAAAGGGAGAUGCGUGGAUCUAAAAUGAUCCUCUCGGUAGAUUAAGAUGCACAUUGUUUCCCCUCGUCAUUCUCAGGAAACGAGUAAACUCCUGGUGGUUGCACUAUUCUGAUCUCAGAAAGUGUGCCCUCAGAAGAGUUUGAGGAGAACCUCUACUUGAAUUCCAGGGGAAUCCCAAAGCAAAAACACGACUUUCAAUCUCGUUUCUGUCACCAAAUGUGAAAUGACACUGUACAGUGAAUCUGCACAUCAGAAGGAACCUCGGAUCCUAAACCUUUCUUCUUUUGAAAGAGACCGAAGUGAUACAACAUAAACGGUGAGCAAUGCCCAGAAAACGAAGGGCGACAUCCCUGAGUGUGUAGCCUACAUGUAAAAACUACAUCUCCCAGCAUGCAACGCGACCACACCACUGAAACGGCGCAGGACGGGAGGUAGAGUUUUGUCGUCCGAAAAACUUGAAGUUUCCUCUGUCUUCCGAUUCUAGCUACCCUCACUCCUGAGUCUUUCAGCACUAAGCCUAAGAAACUGACAGACUUGUAUCUUGGGUUCCUCUUCAUUCCUAACAGUUUCUUUUCGCUGUACAACUACUUCUGGACAGACUUCCGUUUCCGGUUGGCUCGUUCCCUUGGAAACGAGGAGACGCCACAAUUUCAGUAGUUAUGGCGGGACUGAGCUGCUCGCAGAUCCCCGACGGUGAGUUCACCGCGGUGGUGUACCGGCUCAUCCGCGAUUCUCGCUACUCCGAGGCGGUGCAGCUGCUGGCCGCUGAGCUGCAGCGCAGCCCCAAGAGCCGCGCCGGGCUGUCGCUGCUGGGCUACUGCUACUACCGCCUGCAGGAGUUCGUGCUGGCCGCAGAGUGCUAUGAGCAGCUGAGCCAGCUGCACCCCGAACUCGAGCAGUACCGCCUGUACCAGGCCCAGGCCCUAUACAAGGCCUGCCUGUAUCCCGAGGCCACUCGGGUGGCCUUCCUCCUCCUGGACAACCCCGCCUAUCACAGCCAGGUCCUCCGCCUGCAGGCUGCUAUCAAGUACAGCGAGGGCGAUCUGCCAGGGGCCAGGGGCCUCGUAGAGCAGCUGCUGAGUGGGGAAGCAGGAGAAGAGAGCGCGGGAGAGAACGACCGCGAUGGCCAGGUCAACCUGGGUUGUCUGCUCUACAAAGAGGGACACUACGAAGCUGCGUGCUCCAAGUUCGUUGCGGCCCUGCAGACCACAGGCUACCAGCCAGACCUUUCCUACAACCUGGCGCUGGCCCAUUACAGCAACAGGAACUACGCCCCAGCUCAGAAACAUAUCGCAGACAUAAUCGAGCAUGGCAUCCGCCAGCACCCUGAGCUCGGGGUGGGCAUGACCACUGAGGGCAUAGAUGCUCGCAGUGUUGGCAACACCUUAGUCCUGCACCAGACUGCUCUGGUGGAAGCCUUCAACCUCAAGGCAGCCAUAGAGUACCAGCUGAAAAACUAUGAGGCGGCUCAGGAAGCCCUCACUGACAUGCCACCUAGGGCAGAGGAAGAGUUGGACCCUGUGACCCUGCACAACCAGGCACUCAUGAACAUGGAUACCAGGCCUACAGAAGGAUUUGAAAAACUACAGUUUUUGCUCCAACAGAACCCCUUUCCCCCAGAGACUUUUGGCAAUCUCUUACUGCUGUACUGCAAGUAUGAGUAUUUUGACCUGGCAGCAGAUGUUCUGGCGGAAAAUGCCCAUUUGACUUACAAGUUCCUCACCCCCUAUCUCUAUGACUUCUUGGAUGCCAUGAUCACCUGCCAGACAGCUCCAGAAGAGGCCUUCAUUAAGCUCGAUGCGCUAGCUGGGAUGCUGACUGAGCAGCUCCGGAAACUCACCAAGCAAGUACAGGAAGCAAGACACAACAGAGAUGAAGAUACUGUCAAAAAGACAGAGAAUGAGUAUGAUGAAACCCUUGAGAAAUACAUUCCUGUGUUGAUGGCCCAAGCAAAAAUCUACUGGAAUCUUGAAAAUUAUCCGAUGGUGGAAAAGAUCUUCCGCAAGUCUGUGGAGUUCUGUAAUGACCAUGAUGUGUGGAGGCUGAAUGUAGCUCAUGUCCUGUUCAUGCAGGAAAACAAAUACAGAGAGGCCAUUGGGUUCUAUGAGCCCAUCGUCAAGAAGCAUUACGAUAACAUCCUGAACGUCAGCGCUAUUGUAUUAGCUAACCUCUGUGUUUCCUAUAUUAUGACCAGUCAGAAUGAAGAAGCUGAGGAGCUGAUGAGGAAGAUUGAAAAGGAGGAAGAGCAACUGUCCUACGACGACCCAGAAAAGAAAAUCUACCAUCUGUGCAUUGUGAAUUUGGUGAUAGGAACACUGUACUGUGCCAAAGGAAAUUAUGACUUUGGCAUUUCUCGAGUUAUCAAGAGCUUGGAACCUUACAAUAAAAAGCUGGGAACUGAUACGUGGUAUUAUGCCAAAAGAUGCUUUCUGUCCUUACUGGAGAACAUGUCAAAGCACAUGAUAGUGCUUCGCGACAGUGUUAUUCGGGAGUGUGUGCAGUUUCUAGAGCACUGUGAACUUCAUGGCAGGAAUAUACCUGCUGUUAUAGAGCAGCCGCUUGAAGAGGAAAGAAUGCAUAUUGGCAAGAACACGGUCACAUAUGAGUCCAGGCAGCUGAAAGCUCUGAUUUAUGAGAUUAUAGGGUGGAACUCAUAAUACCUGUUAAUGGCUUUAAUCGGAAUGUAACUUUAAUAAAUUUGUCAUGUCCAAAUAAAGUUUUGCAGUUUUAUCUGUAUUUAGCCUUUGGCAUAUAAAGCCUUUAGCCUUUAUAAUUGUUACAUGUAAACUUUAUACAUUUUAGCAUUAUAAGAUGAAUGUUAGAUAAAACCUUUUUGUUUUGAAAUACGCAAAAUAUUAAAUAAGCUUGUCCCAAGAAAGAGUUGUAAAAAGUUCAAAAGUGAUGAGCGAUAUUGUGUCUGUUAGAACUUAUGAUGUCUAUUCGUCCUUUUUAAAUUUUGUGCUUUGAUGUAACUUGAGGGGUCCUACACAUGUACUCCAUUACCCAGGGCCCAGACACAUACGUCCAAAACUCAGAAGUAAUUAAUGUAUAGGAUGUGUAAGUUUUUAAUAGUCAUUUCAGGGAUAGUCUGUGUUAGUUUCAUAACUUAUCCUCAUAAUUGUAUUAAUGUAUAGUGUGUAGCUUUAUAUAACAUUUAAGAUAGUUUGAUAUUUAAGGUAUGUCUAAUGCUUUAACAAAAAUGCCUUAGGUUAUAAAUGGUUUUAAUGUGCAAGAGUCAGUGGAUAAUCUUGUUCGCUUAACAUAUGUUGCUGUGGUCUACAGACAAUAAAUAUCAAAGAAGAAAAUUUC